AUGACUGUUGAUGUUAUUUUGCAGGGGAAUAUGCAAAGGGGAACUGGCUGGUGGCAGCGUUUAACCACUGAGAGAUGUGAAAUUGCAUUGCUGCAGAUAACACAGGACUUGUAUGUGACUGCAACCACAAUGGAGCAAGAUGGCCUUUUGUCUCAGGACCUGAUCUCUCAAACCUCUCGGCUAGGAGACGGAACUAUGUGGCUGAAUUCUGAAGGGGAACAGUGGACUUCUCUGACAAAGAUAGAAUCAUCUCUAUGUUACUUACUGACUGUAAGAGUCAUACGAGCAAGAAAUAUCCACCAGGCAGAUGUCUUAAGCCAGACUGAUUGCUAUGUGAGCGUGUGGCUGCCAACCGCUUCAAAUGACAAAUUUCAGACUAAAGCCAUCAAGAAUUGCAAAGAUCCAGUCUGGAAUGAAACCUUCUACUUCAGGAUCCAGAGUCAGGUCAAGAAUGUGCUGGAGCUGGCGCUCUAUGAUAAGGAUGUCAUUACUCAAGAUGACCAUCUCUUCACAGUGUACUUUGAUAUAGCCAAACUUUCCCUUGGAGAGGAAGUCUUCAUGCACUUCAAGUGUGAUUCACAGAGACAAGAGGAGUUAGAGGUGGGAUUUGCCUUGGAUAAUAUUUCAGGUCCUCCUGAAACCAUCAUUACUAAUGGAGUACUAGUGUCUCGCAAAAUCUGCUGCUUAGAAGUUCAGGUGGUUGAGAAGAAGAAGAAAAAGGAGAAAAAGUCUUUAUCAAAGAAAAAAUUCUCCUUUAGAGUGCAAGGCUCUUAUGAGGGCACCCAAGACAUUAUGCUGGGAUCUGAUCUGGUCUUCAGCUCCUCCUCUCCUGCCAAAUUCCACUAUGCAAGAUACAAGCAGCCAACGCUGGAUGUUACACUACCAGGGAAGAAACGACCUCCCUCCUUAUGCUCACGUGUUUAUGAUACAGGCUCUCCAAACGUGGAACUUCAUUCCAUUCCAAGUGGAGAAAACAUGAUCUUAGCAGAGGAUAAAGGAUUUGAUUUAUAUGCGAAGGCAGAAGACUGCCCAGACCACCUUGAUGUGCGUUUAGGGUUUGAUCUCUGCAUGCAGGAACAAGACUUUCUAUGCAAAAGGUGGAAUUACGUUGCUCCUGCUCUGAAGAAAGUCCUGCAGCUGCAACAGGAUCUGCUGAACCAUGAGACCCCAGUGGUGGCCAUCAUGACUACAGGAGGAGGGAUGAGGUCCUUAACAGCACUGUAUGGCAGUCUGCGGGGACUCAAGGAACUCGGUGUCUUGGACUGUGCCACGUACCUGACUGGCUUGUCUGGUACUACAUGGACCAUGUCAAACUUGUACAGAGAUGCUGACUGGUCACAAAAGGAUCUCGACAAGCAAAUCAGUGAGGCUCGAAAACAUAUGACAAAAUGCAAAAUAAAUUCCUUUUCCUUGGAGUAUUUGAAGUAUUACAAAAAGCAGCUGUGCCAACGGAAAAGAGAGGGCCGCAGAACAACUUUUAUAGACCUCUGGGGUCUUGUCCUGGAGUCUUUGUUGCAUGAUGGGAAAGACAACCAUAGACUCUCUGAUCAGCAACGGGCCAUUGAUCACGGUCAGAACCCACUUCCAAUCUAUACUGCAGUCAAUGUCAAGAACAACUAUAGCACUCUGGAUUUCAAAGAAUGGGUGGAGUUCACCCCAUAUGAGGUGGGAUUGCAAAAAUACGGAGUUUUUGUUCGCACUGAGGAUUUUGGAAGUGAGUUCUUCAUGGGACGAUUGAUGAAGAAGGUCCCUGAAUCCAGGAUCUGCUUUUUGGAAGGCAUGUGGAGCAGUUUGUUUUCAUUCAAUGUGUUGUAUAUCUGGAAUUUGUCCCAUUCGUCAGAAGAUUUCUGGCACAGGUGGACCCGGGACCAAAUUGACAAUAUAGAGGAGGAACCUCUCCUACCACUGAAGCCGCACGAGCUGCAGACUCGUCUGUUCACCCCUCCCGGCCCCCUCGGCAACGCUCUUCGUAGUGCUCUCACUGACCGCCUCUGCAUUUCCCAGGAGCACAACUUCCUAAAGGGUUUCCAUAUGCAUAAUGACUACCUGGACAACACGCACUUCUGCAGAUGGAAAGAUACUGUGUUAGACACAUUUCCCAACCAGCUGACACAAUCAGAUGAAUUCCUGUCUCUGGUAGAUACUGGAUUUUUCAUCAAUACAAGCAUAAUGCCACUUUUAAAACCAGAGAGAAAGGUGGACGUCAUCCUGCAUUUAAAUUAUAGUGCAGGAUCCCAGAUACAGGCUUUGGACCAGACCUGCAAGUACUGCUCUGAGCAGGGAAUCCUUUUUCCCAGGGUGGACUUGAGUGAAGAAGACAGGAAAAAGCUGAAGGAGUGUUACCUCUUUGAUGGUGCUGAGACUCCAGGAGCACCAAUACUGUUAUUUUUCCCACUAAUUAAUGAUACUUUCCAAAAAUACAAAGCACCAGGUCAGAAACGCUCAGAGUCAGAGAUGGACGAUGGCAAAGUUGAUCUCUAUGGCUGCUGUUCCCCUUAUUCAACAUAUUCAAUUCAAUACACUGAGAAGGCGUAUGACCGUCUGGUUCAGCUGAGUGAAUACAACAUCCUGAAUAAUGAAGACCUCAUUAUGCAGGCCUUGCGCACAGCAGUGGCACGGAAAAGGCAGAUAAAGAAGUAAUGUCAGACAAGGGGGGGAUGCUUUUGUGUCCCUUAACUUGCAGAGAGACUGAAGCUCUCUUACUAUUAGCCAGCAGGCUGCAAAGGAUUCCUGCUCAACCUUAUUAAAUGGUAAUCUCAGAUGAACGAAAAAGAGACUGAAGAGAAACUUUUUUCUCCAAAGAAUUUCACUGCAGUAAUUCAUUGCAAUUCAGCGACAACAGUGGAGUAUGUGUCAUUGUAGGGU